UGCAGCGUACUACCCCGGCGCUCGGGCAGACGCUGCGGUCUCGUGCCGCCGCGCUGUCUGUGGAUCGUGGUCGAGAUGGGCGCCGCGGCGGGGGAGACCGCCGAGAUCCUGCGCCGGACCGGGGUCAUGUACAGGCACCUCGUGUGCGAGCGCAACUCCUCGGAGGUGAAGGACAGAGGGGUCCACCAGCGCAACGCCGCGCUCGAGCACAUCGAGCACCACCGGAUCAACGGGAUCGUCUACUUCGCCGACGAUGAUAACAUAUACUCACUCGAGCUGUUCGACCGUAUCAGGGAGAUCAGGAAAUUCGGCACUUGGCCAGUCGCGAUGCUUACUCAAGGCAAAAGUAAGGCUAUACUGGAAGGCCCAGUAUGCAAUGGAAGCCAAGUUAUUGGAUGGCACACAAAUGAGAAAAGCAAGAGGCUUAGGAGAUUUCAUGUAGAUAUGUCGGGAUUUGCAUUCAACAGCACAAUGCUUUGGGACCCCAGAAGGAGGCAACACCUAUCGUGGAAUGCCAUUCGGCAACUGGACACAGUGAAGGAGGGUUUCCAAGAGACAACGUUUAUAGAGCAGCUAGUUGAAGAUGAAAGUCAGAUGGAAGCCGUACCACCUAAUUGUUCAAAGAUAAUGAACUGGCAUCUUCAUUUGGAAGCCAAACAUCUAGUCUAUCCUAAGGGAUGGCAAGUCUCUAGGAAUCUGGAUGUUGUUAUGCCUUUGAACUAGGAACUGCACCCUUGUUGUGCAUCCCCUCCAGCAGCUAAAGGAUAUUACGCCACCAAACAUAAAGAAUUGCGUGAAAGCUUGAAGCAAUAGAAGAUAGAUUAAGUAGAAGUUCAAGGCGGGCCCUGACCUGCCGCCGGCUCUGCUACCACCAUUAAGAUUGUCUUAAAUUCGAUUUGACAUUCUUUCAGGAGGAGGCUAUAGAAGCCAUGCAUACCCCAUUACCCAAUUGUAUGUACAGACUUGAUAGAGAUACUUGUGUUAGUCAGCUUAACUCUUCUUCUUUUUUUUUUUUUUUUCUCUCUUUUGGUUGGAUUUUUCUUCUGUUGGAGAAGCUGUUUUCAGCUUCAAUUUUGUGUCAGAUGAAAUAAAAUUUGUUUCCUUAUCGUUCUACUUA